AUGGAUCCCAUCACAGCCGUCAGUUUGGCGUCGAAUGUGAUCUCCUUCAUUGACUUCACGACGCAACUACUUCGAGGGGCCAAGAACAUCCGGGCAGCUGGAGAUUUCGAAGAAAAUGCGUCGCUUGAAGCCGUCACGCGUCACAUUGAUAUCUUCAUUACAAAGCUCCUUGGGCCGGAAUCGUCCAGUCUAGUCGGAAGCGACUUGCAGCUAUCAGAUCUAGCAGCCAAAUGUAGGGCGUUGGCGAUCGAGUUGUUGGCGUUGCUUUACAAGAUCAAGGCGAAGGAUCCGAACUCAAGAAGACAAGCUGUCUGGUCCGUCAUGAAGAAUAUGAAGUAUGAGGAGCAAAAGAAAAGUCUCGAGGCAAGACUUGCUUCGUGUCGCGAUCAGUUCGAGAUGCAGCUCAAUUUCCUCGCCAGUCAGGAGAAUAGGCUCAAGCUCCAUGCCGUUCUGAGCUCCUCUCAGAGCUCUGCCCACCAAAUACAGGAGAUCUCGGCUUCACUCGAUCGACUGCGCGACACCAUGCAAGUCGCCGGUUUCAGCGACCAGGCGAAGAUGCAGUUAUCGCAGUUGCUGCGAGUCUCAGACGACAUCGUUCACGCUGUGGCGCAAGAACGCAUUUUGAGAGGCCUUGCAUACGAAAGUGCCAGAUCCCUCAACGAGCGUCACGACAUGAUACCCGAGGCUCAUUUCAAAACCUUCGAAUGGCUGGUUUCUAAGACAGCGGACAACAAGGACAAACAAGUGGACUUUUCCCCACCUCCCAGCGACUUCUCUGUGUCAGAUGCCUCAUCCUACGGCUCGGAUUCACUCGUCUUCGAAGAAGAGGAGGACGAAGGAGAUGAUAUUUUGGCGGAAUUUUCGAAAGACUGGAAACAGUUCCACCAUUCGAGCUUGAAAGCCGAUGUCUUGAGAUCGCCUUUCAAAUGUUUCGAUGACUCGGUGUCACAGAUUGGUCAGGAGCUUCGUUCUGCUCGAAAGCUAUUUAUGAACUGGCUAUCCUCUGGAGAGGGUAUUUUUCACUUUUCGGCAAAGUUUGGCGCGGGCAAGUCGACUUUGAUGAAAUUUCUAUGCGCUCACCCGGACGUUCAGUCUGAACUUGAAGCUUGGUCAAGGACAUGUAACCGCAGGCUUGUCAUCGGAAGCUACUUUUUCUAUAAUCUUGGCACGACUUAUCAGAAGUCCCUUGCGGGCAUGUGUCGCACGCUAGUUUAUGAGGUCCUGGAACUAUGUCCGGACUUGACAUCUUGGAUACUUCCGGCUCAGUGGUCCCAAGCUUCAUCCACACCUUGGCAGGUAGACCAAACAAUCCGAAUUUCGGAUAGAGAGGCUCUUCAGGCUUUCGAACGCAUCAUUGAAGGCGCCGCCACGGACAAGACCCAAGCGCGGUUCUGUUUCUUCAUUGAUGGUUUAGACGAGCUUGAAAAGACCGCCGAGGUUUCUCACGGAGACCUGGUCAAUCUACUCCACGACUGGCACCGGCGAAGUUCAGGACACGUCAAGUUUUGCGUCUCGAGCAGGGAACACAACGUGUUCAUGAACGGGUUCUCCGCCUCACAACGAGUACGCCUGCACACCCUGACCAGACAGGACUUGGAACUCUUCGCCCGCGACAAGUUGAGAGGCAUCCAGGAUAACGCCACGAUGAACCAAAUAGUCGAGGCAAUUCUUGAUAAAGCCCAGGGGAUCUUCUUCUGGGUGACCCUCGUCGUUAGGAACAUGCAGACGCGUCUUGAAGACGGGUUCGGCCCCGACGAAAUACUUGAACAGAUUGACGUCCUCCCGUCUGAGGUCAAUGACCUAUUCGCCUAUAUACUCGACUCCCUAGACACCUGGGCGAAAUCCAGAGCAUACCGGACUCUUGCUAUUCUGCUCGAAGCGACUCGCUGGGAUAUAGAGGUUCCUGCUUUAGGAUCUACAUGGUACCUCAACGUCAGCAACGGAAUCAAGCCAUAA